CGAUCCCUUGCUUCUCUUUCCCUAGAAUUUCACAAUCGUAUACAUCUUUGCACGGAUUUUCAAUUUCUCCUUUUCAUCUUAUGUUUCUCAAUCUCGCAUAGGAUUAAGUAUCACCGGAUAGUCGAAUAACACAGUAGUUAUGAUAUGAACAUGGCGGAAGAUUGUUUUUCUUUCCAAAUCUAGAUAUUCUUUGUUUUCCUUACUUCUUAAUAAUCUUUUCAGCAACUCAACUGAUUAGAGGGCAAAGAAAUAGGAGUUGGGUAUGGUUGGAUUUCUAAGAUUUCGUGUUUCGUUGUCUGCAAUACUCUCUAGAAGAUCUCCAACUCAAGACCUUGGUCAAGGUCUUGACUUGGGUAAAUUUUCUCAUUUUGGAUUGAAGCUGCGUUUUGGUUCUUCAGACCCAUCUUCUACUUUGGUGCCGAAAACUGUGGGAAACAAUGUUGGUAUCUUCUGGGACUUGGAUAACAAGCCACCCAACUCAUUUCCUCCUUACGAGGCCGCUGUUAAACUUAGGACUGCGGCAUCUGCAUUUGGCAUUAUCCGAUAUAUGGUUGCUUAUGCCAAUCGCCAUGCCUUUAGUUAUGUCCCACCUGUAGUUAGAGAGCAAAGGAAAGAGAGGAAGGCGCUGGAUCAGUUAGAGAAAAAAGGAAUAAUUAUGCCUGCUGAGCCGUACUUAUGUCGAGUCUGUGGCAGGAAAUUCUAUACGAAUGUCAAGCUCGUUAAUCACUUCAAGCAACUUCAUGAACGGGAACAGAUGAAACGGAUGAAUAGGUUGGAGUCUGCAAGAGGAAAGCAGAGGGUAAAGUUGGUUGCCAAGUUUUCCAUGAAGAUGGAGAAGUAUAAAAAAGCUGUCAGGGAUGUUUUAACUCCGAAGGUUGGAUAUGGUCUUGCUGAUGAGCUCAAGAGGGCAGGUUUUUGGGUUCAGACUGUGUCGGAUAAGCCUCAAGCAGCGGAUAUUGCAUUAAGAAAUCGUAUGGUGGAAAUGAUGGACAAGAGACGGGUAGAGUGUUUGGUUCUUGUUUCAGAUGAUUCUGAUUUUCUGGAUGUUUUGAGAGAAGCAAGAUUGAGAUGUCUGAAGACAGUUGUUGUAGGGGAUAACAACAAUGGAGAUCUCAAGAGAUGUGCUGAUGUGGGGUUUUCAUGGAAGGAAGUCCUGCUGGGGAAGGCUAAAAAAGAGGCUUCAUCAGUAUUGGGGAAGUGGAAGGAUCGUGAUGUCCUGAAGAGACUUGAGUGGACAUACAAACCAGGAUUGGAGAGAAAGGAAUAUGAUUUUGAUGCCUCCGAAUAUGAGAGCGAGGAUGGGGACAUUGAAGAAAAUCUCUCUAUGGAAGUUGAGGAUCUGGUUGAGAAGGAAGAUGUGAGGCCUUGGUGGGAACUAGUCUCUGAUACUGAAGAUACGGCUGGGAAAUUGUUUAAAUAAUUGGUUCCUGUCAUGUGCACUAAAAGGGUAUUUUUAGCUUGGUAAAACUCACUUAUGUUACCAGGUCUUUGUGUCACUUUAAUUUUAUGAAGGUCCAAAACCUUGUAAUUCCCAUUCUUUUAAGUAAACAGGGAAAGCUAUGAGCUAUUUAAUUUAAGGAACCGUUCUUUGUCUUACUUUUGGCUAUUCAAGUUAGAGGCAAAAUUUACUAGACAUCUACUAGAAUAAGGUUUUUGUUUUAUUUCCUUAUUCACUCUUUUGUGAAAAUAGUUAUGAGCUAUUUAAGGCAACAUUUCAGUCUUACUUUUGGCUAUUCAAAUGAGAGAAGUUCUAUCUGCAAACAUCUGCUACUUUCUUUUUCCACUCUUUUUCAUCUAACGCAGAUAGACCCUCUCUCUCUCUCUCUCUCUCUCUCACACACACACACACGCGCGCGCGCGCGCGUGCGCACGCCCACACACACACACACACUUUAUCUCUCUCCCUUUGAUUUUUUUUAAACAUAUUCUCAUACCUCACCUCUUGCUCAUAACACAUCAUAUAUGCAGAAGCUUUAUUGAAUGCAUGUGAUGAUCUGCCUUUUUUAAAGUACAUUAGUGGUUUUGAUUAUCCAGUUAGUAUGUUCUAGUGCUUUCUUGCCCAUUUUUUUAAACCUAUGGGUUGAAUGAAGUAUUUAGUAGGAAGACCACAUAACAACUUCAAGUAUGAUGGGGAGGAACAUGACCUAAUGUGGCAGAUACAUAAAUGGAGCCAGUUCACCUCUCUCUCUCUCUCACACACACACACACAUACACACAUACACACACAAACUGAUCUAUUUCUGUUUCUAUAGUUCAAAGGUUGCCUCAGGAAAGAAAGAAAAGAAGUAUAUUAUCAAGUUACUUUAAGACCUUAGAGGGUUAGAAUAAUGAACUAAUUUACAUAACUUUUUUUCUUUGAAAGGUAAAUAAAAUGAUUGUAUUACUGAAAGGGAGAGAACUCCCAAUAGAUGCAACAAAAGGCCCUUUAAGAAAAAGGAAAAGCUCCUUAGGGGGUUAGAAUAAUUACAGCUUGUGCCACUAUCCUGCAUGGAAGUUAUCUUGACAAGAAUGAAAUACAUUCUGCAAAUAAAGUUGAUUACUUCAGGGAGAAAAUUUGAUGGUUUUGAACCAAACCUUUUCUUUCUUUGAGGACAGGUCUGCUUUGCUAUGGUGAGCCUCUAAUGUUGCCAAAUAGCAGAUGAUGACAACAAUCAGAUUACAACUGUUUUUUCAGUGAACUACUGGUUUAAUGCUAAUGGUAUAACUGCUCGGUGGCAAAGUUGCAAUAAUUGCUAGUUUUAACAAUACCCCAUACAGAGCAAAGAAUAUCUUCCCACCUAAUAACCCUGAAAAAAGUAUAUACUCUGUUAUUGGUGAGCUACAUAUUGCAAUUAACAAAAAGAUUGUAUAAUUCUGACAUUAACUUGAUGGUGAUUGAUCUUUGCUUAGUGAAAAAUCUCUAAAAUUUCUCUUGUUGUCAACAAUAACCUUUGCUUUUUUUUUUUGUU